ACGUUAGUAUUAUGCCGUGCGAAUCUCGUCCGUUGCACGCUUUAGUUCACUACUUAACUUGACUCGACGAGGAUCGCGUUUCAAAGUGUGCUUCAACAUGGGAGACAUGAAGUUCAAGUUUAUUGUGGGUGUUCUUAUGACGUUACUAUCCUUCACUGCAACGGGACUGGAGGGACGAUCGGUUCGAGUGCGGCGGCAAGAUAUCAUCUUCAAAACGUACGAUCAGGAAGAGCACAAAAUUUUCUCAGAUCGCGUAAAACCUAUGAUUCGGGUGCCUGGUUUUAGUCAGAGUAGUGCUGCCAACACUGGAUCUCAAACGAUAGUGAACGAACAUGGAACGCAACAGCAAACGGCGGGUGCUAGCCAAUCGGCUAAUUUGGCGAAUGAUGGCUCCAGUGGUCAGCUGAGCGCAGCGAAUACGCAACAACAAACGAUACAGACAGGAAAUAGUACUCAAACUCAGAACGCGGGACAAAGUCAAUCGGCUAACUUUGGAAAGGAACAUCAAAUUUUGUCGAAUGCCAACACAAACACCAACACUCUGGAGGAGGCAGGCAAAGUCCGCCAACAGACCACAGGUGGUGCCGGGACGUCCGUCGUGGAUAAACACGGCAGUCAGUCAAGCCAGGCCCAGACGGGCAGUGAAACGUUCGAGGAGGCUGGUCAAAAAGGAAGCAAAUCUACCGGGUCCAGUCAAUCGCUGCAGAUCGGUAAGGAUGGCUCGGGAUCCGGUGCGAACAGCAACACUGGCUCCGAAACGAUCGAACUGGCAGAUGGUACCAAGAUUACGAAAUCGUUCAGUUCCUCGUCCAGCUUUCAGAGUAGCGGCAAAGUGAAUGCCGGUGCUUCGGCGAACAGUUUCACGAACAGCUUCGGCUAGUGCAGUGCGUUAUCUCUGUUCAAGUUUGUUUUGUGUUCCGAUUUGCGGCCUGUUUUCGGGUAAUGAGGUUAUCGUUAGUAAACUGUUUUGUAAAACGAA